GUGGACGGCAAAGUGGCGAAGUAAAAACACUGGUGAAAAUAAAAACCCUAGUGAAUUUUCAGCACAUAUGAUCUAUAGAUCUAUUUAUUUUGUUAUCAUUUCAUUGACAACCCUAUAGACAUUUAUCGUAAAUGCAUGCAUGUAGAAAUAUCUUAAAUUUAACAACGAUUGCAUUCAUUCACCUUCUAAACUGACCGGCAUGACACUUCGUCGCAUGAGACCAAUUUUAUUAAUUUCCGCAUCACUGUUGGCAUUUCAUUUGCUAACGUCAAUGGAAAGUGGACGCAAGCAAAACGUCAAAAAAGAAGAAGAAAAAUUAGAUUUUGGAAAAUUGGAAGCAAGAUACUCGGUGGCGGAUAAGAAGCAGUAGAACAGCGGCAGCAAUAACUACUUAAAAAUCAAAAUUUGUAAAAUUUUUAUAAAUUACCAACGAUGGCACAGAGGGCACAGGAAUUAGCGGAAAAGUACCGGAAAUCAGUGGAAGAGGCGCUCAAAGACCGCAGCAAACCCUGGACUCAAGCUUUUGAAUUUGUCGAAGCAAAAACAAACGUUCCCAGAUUAUAUUUAUUUUUGGGUGCUGCUGCAUUCUGCGCAUUGUACUUGAUUUUCGGCUAUGGCGCUCAGUUGCUGUGCAACACGAUCGGCGUUGCUUAUCCUGCCUACAUCUCUAUUCAUGCCAUUGAGUCGAGUACAAAAUUGGACGAUACCAGAUGGUUAAUCUAUUGGGUGACUUAUGCCAUAUUGUCAUUGAUUGAAUAUUUCUCUGGCUUUUUGACCGCAGUCAUACCAUUUUACUGGUUAUUAAAGUGUGCCUUCCUUAUUUGGUGUAUGCUGCCCAUUGAAAGAAACGGUUCUUUCGUCAUCUAUCACAGCGUUGUACGUCCAUAUUUUCUGAAACAUCACCGAGCUGCAGAUGAAUUCAUUGAUAAGGUGGCAGCUAAAGCAAAGGAUUCGAUUCACAGCAUUACUAAACAAGAUUAAAUGUCGUUGGGCUAUGUAUUUUAUUACCUAUUACUGAGAGCGAUGGCAUUUCAUCGAAAACGUAAAAAAUAAUGUAAAAUCAACAGCAACAUCAAUUCUUGGAUAGUGCAAAAAGAACAAAGUAUGGAAAAAAUAACAGUAAACACAAAGUUCAAUGGCAUAGUAUAAACGUAUUCAACAACACCUAAAAUCUUUUAAGGUAUCGUCGGAUUACUCAGUCCACAUUUUUUAAGUAAUAAACUAAAAACAGAAAUUUAGAGUGUAGCACUUAGCAUUUUUUGGUAAAUUUUGAGCACACAACUAGCAUAUAUAAUCAUUUGAAACAAGUGUGAAAUGGAUAUAUCAAUAUUUUCAAUUCAAGAAAAAACACCUUACUAUUGAAAAAAGAUUUUUAAAACAUAAUACACAUACAAAUGUGAGUUGAUAAUUGUUGAUACUAGCAUUUUGCACCAAUCCAAAAAAAGCUUACUCGUUGCUUUUAAAAUUUUUAU